GGCUCAAAGUGUAGCAGAUGCUCUGUAACAUAGCCGCAUCGAGCCACGAGCCGACGGAUGGGUCGAUUGAAGCGCAAGAUCAGCGACACCAUCAUCUACACCCACCAGGAGGUUUACAAGCUGGUGCGUGACCGCAAGAUCCACCUCGCGGAGGAGCUCUUUGCCCUGGCCGAGGAGAUGAGUGAGGGCGGCGACCCCGGCUUGCUGAACUACUGCAAGGGCGAGUUGGGCCCCAAGAGGAACCUGCAGAAGAGCAUCGACGCCAUUUGGCUGCCACAAGUCCAGGAGGAUAGAGACCAGCAGCACCGCAAGGCGUUGGGGAAGGAGAAGUUGUCGGAGCUCCAAAGACGAGCCCGCAACCCCAAGAAGCGCAAGGUCGAGGAGCUGCAGAUCGUCCACAAGAGCGGCCACGGCCUGCGGGGCAUCUUGAACGCCGGGCUGCCGCGCGCGCUCUCGGACCAGGCGCUGCUCUUCGACCGCUUCGGGCGCCAGGCGGAGAUCGUCUUCCGGCCCCUCUGCGGCCUGUGGCGGCUGCGGGACCUCUUUGAACUCCUCGUGUUCCUGCAGGAGUUGGGCCUGGACGCCUCGCCCGCCACCUGCGUGGACGGGGGUUUGCGCCUGCCGCGCACUGCUCGGGCCACGCAGGCGCUGGAGGCGGCUGAGGCCGCCAGCUCUCCGGAGCUGCGGCUGUGCUCAGGCUGCGGCGCCUUGCCCUUCACCCAGGAGAAGUGGCUGGAGACGAUGCCCGAGGACCCUCGCUUCGAGGAGGACACCUUGUUCAACCGACCCUGGGAGGAGAAGCUGGUGAGGCUCUGGGCCGCUGACCAUGUGGAGGAGCAACACUUGCUGCGGGUGCUGAAGGCUCUGGAGCUUUGCCAUCACAGCAUCCAGCAGACCAAAGGCUUUGAGAUCAAGGGCGACAAGAUGUGUGUGACCGGCACCAAGAAGCAGCGCAGCGUCCACAAGGCAGGUGCUUCCCGAAGUGUCACUUACGGCCUCGCCUGUGCCCACGCAGCCCUUGAGGAGGAGAAGGACACAGUGCGGCGCGCCCUGGCCGGCCAUGGUCAGCGCGCCAUGCUGCUGGGCGUUUCCUCGGCCUCCGAUGCCAAGCCCGAGAUGAUGAGGAGCUUCUACCGAGCCAAGGCGCUAGGCAACUGACACCAGCCAGGGAUUUCCAGCCGGUGGCAAGUUGCCACCGGAACGGCGGACGAAAGGCUCGGCGUGUCCUUUCAUAAACAGCUUGGCAGGCUUGCACCGCUGCUCAC